CCUGUAGAUUUUGACGCGUUUACUGUUGUUUGUUUCGAGAUGCUUGAGGGUAUUAAUGGUAAUUCGAUCAGUAUCGGAUCGAGAUCAAUAGCCGUACUGACAAAAAUGGAACAGAUUGCUAUUGGGCUAGAACAGUACGGCCCAAUAAGGAACAUUCGGCCUUUUAAGCGAGUGAAUCUACUGUGGGGACUUGAGUCGGCUCUUGAAGCAUUUUUUAGAAUCAUUGCUUCUUUGGUUGAGGAUCUUCGUGUAUCGCUGGGAUUUUGUGUUCUAGGGUUUUUGAAAGCAAGCUUUAGCGUAAGGAAAAUUUUGAGAAUGAAAGGUGAAAGAGAAGUUAAGAAUGGUGUUUCUGAGGAAGAGAGAGAGGUGAAGAGGAAGAGAGUGAUGGAACGGUCUGAUUCGCCACCUCCACCGCUGGGUUUCAACAAUCCUCUCUUGCCGUUGGCUAAUGCUUACGAUGAUGAUGAUGAGGAAGAGGAGAACGAGCAGAAGAAAUCGCAAGCUCGUGGUAAUGGAGUGGCGAAAGGGGAGGGAAAUGGUAACAAAGUGAAAGGAGAAGCUCAAGAAGAGGUCGAUGACGACGAGGAUGAUGAUGAUGAAGCUUCGAAGGGGAGGGGAAAGCAUUCACGCCAUGUUGAAGUUCGUCGUGAUUGUCCUUAUCUUGAUACUGUUAAUCGUCAGGUGUUGGAUUUUGAUUUUGAGAGGUUUUGCUCUGUUUCCUUGUCAAAUCUGAAUGUCUAUGCGUGUCUUGUUUGUGGGAAGUACUUCCAAGGAAGAAGCCAGAAGUCUCAUGCUUAUACACAUAGCUUGGAAGCAGGACACCACGUUUACAUCAAUCUUCUCACAGAGAAGGUUUAUUGUCUUCCUGAUAGUUACGAGAUCAAUGACCCUUCUUUGGAUGACAUUCGACAUGUUUUAAACCCAAGGUUUAGUAGAGCACAAGUAGACGAGCUUGACAAGAAUAGGCAGUGGUCUAGGGCUCUUGAUGGCUCUGACUAUCUUCCGGGAAUGGUGGGGUUGAACAACAUACAAAAGACAGAGUUUGUGAAUGUUACAAUCCAGUCGUUGAUGAGAGUUACUCCUUUAAGGAACUUUUUCCUCAUUCCUGAGAAUUAUCAGCAUUGCAAGUCUCCUCUUGUUCACCGUUUUGGGGAACUAACUCGCAAGAUUUGGCAUGCUCGAAACUUUAAAGGACAGGUGAGUCCACAUGAAUUCUUGCAAGCUGUCAUGAAAGCCAGCAAGAAACGCUUUAGGAUAGGCCAACAGUCAGAUCCAGUAGAGUUUAUGUCGUGGCUCCUCAACACUCUGCACAUGGAUCUUAGAACUUCAAAGGACGCCAGCAGUAUCAUCCACAAGUGCUUCCAGGGUGAGUUGGAGGUUGUGAGAGAGUAUCAAGGCAAUGAAAACAAAGAAAUCUCCAGGAUGCCUUUUCUGAUGCUCGGGCUAGAUUUGCCACCGCCUCCUCUUUUUAAAGAUGUCAUGGAGAAAAACAUUAUUCCGCAGGUUGCUCUAUUCGAUUUGUUGAAGAAGUUUGAUGGAGAAACUGUGACAGAGGUGGUUCGCCCUAAGCUGGCCAGAAUGAGAUAUCGUAUAACCAAAUCUCCUCCUUACUUGAUGUUCCAUAUGGUUCGGUUCAAGAAGAAUAACUUCUUCAAAGAGAAGAACCCUACAUUGGUUAAUUUCCCAGUGAAGGACAUGGAGCUGAGGGAUUACAUACCAUCAUUGCCUAGAGCACCAGAAGGCGAGAAGGUGUGUUCUAAGUAUAAUCUAAUCGCAAACAUUGUACAUGAUGGUAAGCCGGAGGACGGGUACUUCAGAGUCUUUGUGCAGCGCAAGUCACAAGAACUAUGGUACGAGAUGCAGGAUCUUCAUGUUGCAGAGACACUUCCCCAGAUGGUGGAACUAUCGGAAGCAUACAUGCAGAUAUAUGAGCAGCAGGAUGAAUAGAGAGCACUGGAAACAAACUGACUUGAUCUGGUUUAAGAGUAAAAGUUACCAGUUUUU